AACUUGCAGAGUCGUCAUCAACAAUCGAGCAAGUAGCAAGUCAUCAGCGAACCGAAAUCCAGUUUCAAACUUUUUGUGAUUUUGGAAUUCCUGCCACAAAUAGAGGCUCUUUAGUCCGUUUUGUUGUGAAAAGCUUACCGAUCUUUGAUAGCCGUCGAAGAUUCUCUGCUGAAUUAUGCCGGCCGAUAAGAAAAAGGUCGAGGUCGCUGCACCGGCGCCUGGGAAGAAGGUUGAAGAAGAAAAGAAUGAUUUGUCCGAAGAAGACAACUUGCUGCAGGAGGAACUGAACAUGUGUGUCGAAAGGCUUGUGGAAAACAACUCUGAUCUUUACAUGGCUGCUCUGGAGAGCUUGAGGACCUUGAUCAGAGCUUCAACCACUUCCAUGACCAGUGUCCCAAAACCGUUGAAGUUCUUGAGACCACACUUUGACACACUGAAAGAAGUCUUUGAGAAAAUCCAAGAUGUGAAGACCAAGCAGUUUUGUGCCGACGUCAUCUCCGUUUUGGCCAUGACCAUGAGUGAGACCAGGGAGUGCUUGAAGUACAGACUGAUUGGGUCUGAGAAUCAGAUUGGAGAAUGGGGCCAUGAAUAUGUUCGGCAUUUGUCUGGAGAGAUUGCGGCCGAGUGGGCUGAUUCAGAUGACGAGAAGCACGAAAGACUGUUGGUCUUGGUGCGUCAGAUCAUUCCCUACAACAUGGCCCACAAUGCAGAGGCUGAGGCGUGCGACCUUUUGAUGGAAAUUGAACAUCUUGGUUUGCUGGAGCAGUUUGUGGAUGAGGGUGCAUACCCUAGGGUCUGCCUUUACCUCACAAGUUGCGUUCCUUACGUCCCAGAUCCAGAAAACACAAUUCUGUUGGAGACGUCCCUGAAGCUCUUCCAAAAGUUCAACCAGUUGCCACAGGCCAUGCGUCUUGCAAUGCAGCUUAACGACAUGGAGAAAAUUAGAACAAUCUUUCUGCAGUGCUCUGAUCCGUCAAUGCAAAAGCAACUGGCUUACAUGCUCGGAAGGCAGCAAAUUUGUCUUGAAAUUGAUGACAGUGACGUCAAAGACAGCGAAGAGCUUAUCGAGAUCAUGUCCAACAACCACCUCAAUCAUCACUUCUUGAAUUUGGCCAGAGAGUUGGACAUCAUGGAGCCCAAAGUGCCUGAGGAUGUUUACAAAUCUCACCUGGAGAAUGUGAGGACUUCUUUUGGUGGUGGCCAAGUUGAUUCAGCCCGUCAAAAUUUGGCUGCCAGUUUUGUCAAUGGCUUUGUCAACGCUGGUUUCGGGCAAGAUAAACUUCUGAUGGAGGGAGGCACCAAGUGGCUCUAUAAGAACAAAGAGCAUGGAAUGAUGAGCGCCACUGCUUCUUUGGGAAUGCUACUGUUGUGGGACAUUGAUGGUGGGCUCACUCCAAUCGACAAGUACCUCUACUCGGCUGAAGACUACAUCAAGUCUGGGGCCCUGCUGGCCUGCGGAAUGGUCAACUGUGGUGUACGAAGCGAGUGUGACCCUGCCCUGGCACUUCUGACUGACUAUGUGAUGCACUCAAGCAGCGUUAUGAGACUGGGCUCUAUUCUUGGUCUCGGAUUGGCUUAUGCUGGCUCCAACCGAGAACAAGUUCUGAAGGUUUUGGUGCCCGUGCUCUCUGACCCAAAGGCCAACAUGGAGGUCAUUGGAGUGACUGGCUUGGCGUGCGGCAUGAUUGCUGUGGGUUCAACCAACUCAAUCGUCACAAACGCCAUCAUCCAGACCCUGAUCGAUCGUUCCGAGGCCGACUUGAAGGAAACUUAUGCCCGUUUCCUUCCUCUUGGCCUGGGUCUCUGCUACUUGGGCCGCCAAGACCAAGCCGACGUCAUAAUUGAGUCACUUGCAGUGAUAUCAGAGCCCUUCAAGUCGAUGGCAAUCACCAUGGUUGAGGUUUGCGCCUAUGCUGGCACUGGAAAUGUGCUGAAGGUCCAGAAGCUGCUCCACAUUUGCAGUGAACAUUAUGAAACAUCUGAAAAAGAUGAAAAAAAGCACGACCGGAAGAAGGAUGACAAAAAGGAUGAUAAGAAGGAUGACAAGGAAGACAAAGAGAAGGAUCUCACUGCCAGGCAAGCUGUUGCAGUGAUUGGCAUUGCACUUAUCUCCAUGGGAGAGGACAUUGGCGCUGAAAUGGCCUACCGCACCUUCGGCCACCUUCUUCGGUAUUGUGAGCCUGUGAUAAGGAGGGCUGUUCCUCUUGCCCUAGGACUUAUUUCUGUGUCAAAUCCUAAACUCAACAUUCUCGACACUCUCAGCAAGUUCUCACAUGACAGUGAUGCUGAAGUUGCCCACAACGCCAUUUUUGCCAUGGGCAUGGUUGGAGCUGGAACAAACAACGCAAGACUGGCAGCAAUGCUCCGUCAAUUGGCACAGUAUCACGCUAAGGACCCAAACAAUCUGUUCAUGGUGCGCAUCGCUCAGGGUCUGACUCAUUUGGGCAAGGGAACCCUCACCCUGUCUCCAUAUCACAGUGGUCAACAACUGAUGAAUCCAGUGGCUGUGGCUGGUUUGAUGGCCACUCUUGUCAGCUUCCUUGAUGUCAAGACAAUUAUUUUGGGCAAAUCUCAUUACCUCCUUUACACUUUGGCUGCCGCCAUGUCCCCAAGAAUGCUUGUGACGCUGAGCGAAGAAUUCCAGCCCUUGCCUGUGCCAGUCAGAGUUGGCAUGGCUGUGGACGUGGUUGGUCAAGCAGGCAAGCCAAAAACCAUCACAGGCUUCCAGACUCACACAACCCCAGUAUUGUUGGCUCACGGAGAACGAGCAGAACUGGCCACAGAGGAAUACAUACCUCUCAGUCCCAUCAUGGAAGGGUUUGUGGUGCUUAGGAAAAACCCGGAUUACGAAGCAUAAUUUGUCAGCACUCACGUAAUUUAAGGUGUGCAUAUUAAUAUUAACUAAUAGGAUGUCAUUUCAAGUAUCAAUAAAAGAUUUCUUUCUUUUGGAAAA